AUAUAAUGUUGUGACAAAAAUAAAAAUAAAAAAAGACAGUCCUAUCAACAACUGGACUGGCCCUCUGCCCAUCUCUGAGGUUGAGGUAGUUGGUACUUUGUGGCUGUUUUUUAGAGCUUAAUUUGGUUUUAGUUGACAACAUUCUAUUGCUGUUCUGUUUGUUUGUAACAAGCUGGCUUGAGGUUUUGGAAAAAUGCCAUAUACACAUACUGUGAAUUAAUAAAUCAGGGUAGACGUUGAAACAUCUAAAUUUGAGUUUGAAUAUGUUUCUGGGAGCUGUUGCACAUAGGCAAGACAUGUUUUUAGGUAACUAUUUAAAAACUCAGUUUUGAGACCACUUUUACAUCUGUGAUUUAUUUAGUGAUAAUCUAAUUAUGAAAUUAUCAGAUCAAGGGCAGCCAAUCAUUUUGCAGCUCGUUGUGCCCCAUGUGGUUGUUUUAAGCCCAAGGCACAACACGUAAUUUUUCUAUUUUUUUUUGGUCUUUGUGUGGGAAGUGCUCUGUGCCAAGUGUGCACACGUGGCUUCAAGGCUUCUCUGUCAUAGCUGCUCAGGAAAAUAUCUUGUUUGUUUCCAUCUUUUAUUCUCUCUUUCCCAAGCUUAUCAAGGCAGUAUGGCAUGGCAGCCUUUUCAGGGCAUCUGGGACUCAGAAGCUCUGGGCUUUUGCUCCUGUCAUCAGCUGAGAAACCACCUUUCCCAACUUUGAAAUGGUCUUGGGAACCAAUAGAACAGAAUAACAGAGUUGGAAGGGACCUUGAAGGUCUUCUAGUCCAACCCCCUGCUCUGGCAGGAAACCCUAUACCACUUCAGACAAAUGUUUAUCCAAUCUCUUCUUAAAAACUUCCAGUGUUGGAGCAUUAACAACUUAUGGAGGCAAGUUGUUCCAGUGAUUAAUUGUUCUCACUGUCAGGAAAUUUCUCCUUAGUUCUAAGUUGCUUCUCUCCUUGAUUAGUUUCCAUCCAUUGCUUCUUGUCCUGCCCUCAGGUGCUUUGGAGAAUAGCCUGACUCUCUCUUUGUGGCAGCCCCUGAGAUAUUGGAAUACUGCUAUCAUGUCUCCCCUAGUCCUUCUUUUCAUCAGACUAGACAUACCCAGUUCCUGCAACCGUUCUUCAUAUGUUUUAGCCUCCAGUCCCCUAAUCAUCUUUGUUGCUCUUCUCUGCACUCUUUCUAGAGUUUCCACAUCUUUUUUACAUCGUGGCAACAAAAACCAGAUGCCAUAUUCCAAGCGUGGUCUUACCAAGGCAUUAUAAAAGUGGAAUUAACAUUUCAUGUGAUCUUGAUUAAGCUUUGGUUUGUUUCAGUCUAGAUUUUUGAACCCAGGACAGCACUUGGUUUUUGGGUGGCCUGCAUAUCAGGAGAAAACUAACACCUUAAAUAAAUUACUGCAUAAUACAAUUGAAUUGAAUAGAGUCUGUAUGAUUACAUAUUUAGUACGCUUUUCUGCCGUCCUGGGGCCUGUGUUAUUACAAGGCUUGGGACAGGAUAUGGAGUCAUAUUCCACAGGAGAUGCUAGUCAGAUCAGGAGAAUUUCUUUUUCUUUCCAGCUGCUGCUCAGCUGGAAUUGUACGGAAGUUGCCUUGUUUCUUAAUCUCUUCAAUGCUAGAUUUGAAAAGAGAAUGUUUUUCUCUUAAAAUCCCACCAAUUGCUGACUCAGUUCUGUAAUGUAAAAGUCCUUUAUUGAUGCUGUUACUAGGAAAGGAGCUUGAAUUUUUCCUAGUCUUGAAGUGAAACCGAUCUAUGGAGUAUGCAACAAAAUAAAACGAUGUAUAUACUACUUUUUUUUUAAAAAAAAGAUUACAUUCUUAGCCCUGGAAUUGUGACUGAACUAUCACACUAAGACACAUUUGUUCUUGGUUUUGAGCUAGGCACUGAGGAUUAUUGUAUGCUGGAUCACCAGAGCAGCUAAAAUGAAUCAUUUCUUGUGACCGUGUCCAAAUUAUGCCUGGAGGAGCAGUGGCCUGUGGUAUAUCUUUGAUCUGAACUGCAAAGACUUUCAGAAAGCAACAGGAAGGGGUUCUGCAGAAGGGAGAGGAAAAUAAAAUAAGAUACUAGGACUCUUGCAGUCUUCGUAUUUGAGCCUUCAACUCUCCCUUUGUCACUCUAGGAUUGAGAAACAGGCAGAGCAAAUUUAUGGGCUUGCGACAAAACAUUUUCCCUGCCAGACCAGAGAAGACCCUCAAACAUGUCCUACUUACUAUGAAGAAACCAGCCAGCCUAGCUUUGACAUCUCUCCCUCCCCUUGUGUCCAUUAGUGUAGGGCCUUUUUUCCUUUAGAGCACCUAGAAGGGAUGAGCUCCUCCUGGCCACUUCAUCUGGUCAUAUAGAUUUCUUACAAGAAAGGCCAGUUGACCUUAUUCUGCCCUGUGCGAACAUCUUGUCCUUUCUCCGGUGCAGACCUCUCACUUGCUCUGGGCUUUCUAAAGCUCAUUAACUCCCAGAUGAACUUCACCUUUGCUUACACGGCGGCUGGUCCAGUCUUCCCCUCUGCCGCCAGUGACGGUGGCCUUAUCGCCUGUCUUUUCCUCCCUGAAUGGCUGCUUGUGUAAUUCCUGCAGGCUCUCACACACCCUUUGUGUCAUCUUCUGCCGGGUGGGGCAACUCACCCACUGCAACAAGCUGUUGCUUGUGCGGCUGGGGAUGGGCUUGGAACGUGCAGAUGUUGCUGAAAAGCUACUGCCUCGGGGCUGGGGGACCUGCCAAGACGAGACGGGGCAAGGGCUUGCGCGUGCGGCUCUGGCUCUCAACUCCACCCCUGAGCUAAGGCAGAUUUGGUGCCCCUCACCUAACAAGGUGCCUCGGCUCUAGAGCUGGAGGGAGAUUCUUGGUAUGUAGUCGGCCCUGGAAAUCCUUAAUGUGUGGGACUCCUUAGAAUAUGUGGAUCAGCUGUGCAUGAAGGAGUCGAGCGAGGUGCUGCGAGGCCAGAUGCAGUGCAUGAUGCGGACGCUCCACGAUCUCAAGAGGGCUCAUGACCGAGAGCUGCGACUGGAACCCCAGGAGAUACGGCUACCCUCAGCUCUCCCUUCCUCAAAGUCCUGUAUCAGCCCACGGAUAUCAGCUAUCUCGGAAGCAGAUUCUGCCUGUUGCUUAGAAGGGGCUGUGGAAGAAGAGGUUGCUUUCUCCCCACCCAGCAGCGAGCGAAGUCUGGAGUUUGAUUCGGGCUACUCAGAAGUAUCUGGGAACAGCUGGCGGGAUGAGGAAGGCCCCCCUCCCCUGAGAGCCAGUAAGCUUUCCUCAGGGGGCUUCCUACGUCGUCGGGUGCCAGCCAGGAGGCCCCGGCCAAAAUCGGCUUCAGAUGCCUGCUUAGAGCGGUGGCGGGAUGGUGAGCCCUCUGAUGCGGGUGACUGGACAGUGUCCCUCUUGUCCCAGAGUCGUAACCGGCAACCCCUUGUGCUGGGGGACAACUGCUUUGCUGACUUAGUGGAGAACUGGAUGGACUUGCCUGAAGAAAGCGGGGAACGGGGGUGGCUGCAGCGUUGGCUGGCAAAGCCCCAUGGCUUCUUGCUUAACCUCUCAGGCAACGUUCGCCGCAGGCUGGCUGGCAUCUCCCGCACGGAGCGCGCCAAACAGGAUCGAGAUGGCACCAAGCGUUUCUCUUGCCCUGCUGGUCUCGGUGGGCGCCCUUCAUUACCCUACUUCCACCAGUCCCACGCCAACAUCAGCGAGCUUUCUACAGACUGUAGCAGCUUUGCUGCCCUAAUGAACUGCCGAAGUAGACAGCCCAUCAUUUGCAACGAUGUGAUUGGCUACAUCUAGCUUGCUUUUUUUUUUAUUGCUUGCUUAUAAAUAAAUGCCUUUUUUUCUACA